AUGAGCAAUUGGUUGGGGUUCUCUCUGACUCCACACUUGAGGAUUGAUGGAGAAUUUGGGAGAGAAAAUCAAGACCAUGGUGGAGGCUAUCCUCAUCCUCAUCCUCAUCCUUCUCAUCCUCACUUAUCUGUUAUGCCUUUACGCUCUGAUGGUUCACUUUGUGUUGCUGAUUCCUUUAGGCACUCUGUUGCACCUGAAGAAGAAUGGAGAUAUGAAAAUGCAAUAGCUGGAGGAAAUUCAAAUGAAGAAGGACCAAAGCUUGAAGACUUCUUGGGUUGUUACUCUAACUCACCUUUGGCUGAGACCAAAGUCUUCUGCCAAGGAUCCCAACAUGACCAAAACCAAAACCAGAAUAGUAUUUCCAAAAUCAAUGUUAACGUGGCCCCAAGCUUUUGCAACAAUACAGAGAUUGAAACUGGAGAGAAUCUCACAAAUCCUUCUUCCUUGAUCCACUCUUUCCAUGCAUAUAAUGAUAACCCACAUGCCCUCAUUCCAAGCAAUGGCAUGUACAAGUCAUGGUUGGCACAAACUCAGUUUUCUGAUGGAAAACCUUCAGGUGAGGGAAAUGGGUGUAAUUUCCAAUCUUUGUCCCUGACUAUGAGCCCCAGUGUACAAAAUGGGGUGGAUGCAAUUUCACCUGCACAAGUGAAUGAUGACACUCGAAAAAGGUCCAUGUCAAAAUCUUUAGCUAGAGAACCUGUGCCUCGCAAAUCUAUUGAUACUUUUGGGCAGAGAACAUCUCAAUAUCGUGGUGUUACAAGGCAUAGAUGGACUGGGAGAUAUGAGGCCCACUUGUGGGAUAAUAGUUGCAGAAAGGAAGGGCAAACAAGGAAAGGAAGGCAAGUUUACCUUGGUGGCUAUGAUAAGGAAGAAAAAGCAGCAAAGGCUUAUGACUUAGCUGCACUCAAGUAUUGGGGUCCAACAACUCACAUAAAUUUCCCUUUAAGCACUUAUGAGAAGGAACUUGAAGAGAUGAAGCACAUGACCAGGCAAGAAUUUGUCGCCAAUUUAAGAAGGAAGAGCAGUGGAUUUUCAAGAGGGGCAUCUGUGUACAGAGGCGUGACAAGACACCAUCAACAUGGAAGGUGGCAAGCUCGGAUAGGAAGGGUUGCAGGAAACAAGGACUUGUAUCUUGGUACAUUUAGUACACAAGAAGAAGCUGCUGAAGCAUAUGAUAUAGCAGCAAUCAAGUUCAGAGGAACAAGUGCUGUGACCAACUUUGACAUAAAUAGGUAUGAUGUGAAGAGAAUUUGCUCAAGCUCAACCCUCAUUGCUGGAGAUCUUGCAAAACGUUCUCCUAAAGACUCAGCUCCAGCCACUGGUGAGGACUUCAAUUCGUGUGGUUCAUCAACACCUUCUCAGCCACAUGCUAUUGCUAUAACUGAAGGUGAACGCUCUGAUGAGUUAUCCAACAUGGUGUGGAAUGCAACCAACAGUGAUGAGCAACCACAGAAUGAGAGUGGAAAUACCAAUAAUGUCACUGAAUCAUCAACAAGCAACAAGAAUGCUUUGAUUCCUCAAAGCCCCAAGUGUUCUGUGGGAUUAUCCAAUGAGUUUGGAGUCAGUGGAGUGGAUUAUGAACAUGAAUACUUCACCCUGCAUGGACAAAAAUAUGAUGAUGGAAACAAUGAAAAUGACCACAUGAACACCAACAGGAUUGGAAACUUGGGUUUGGUCAAUCAAGUUCCUAUGUUUGCUUUGUGGAAUGAAUGA